AUGGAAAGCACCAAGGACUACUAUCGGAUCCUUGGCCUGCAGGAUACGAGCCCUGGGGACGUCAUAUCACCCGCUGACCUGAGGCAAGCUUACAAGCACGCGCUGCUACUGCACCAUCCGGACAAGCAGAACCUGCCAUCAGGCAAGGCCGACAAGGGAGUGCCUUCAGUGGACGACAUCACAGAAGCCUACAAGACGCUUCUACAUCCCAAGUUGAGAGUGGAAUAUGAUCGCGGUCGGAGAACUGCCAAUGCGGCAGAUGGCGAUAGCGCCGGUAAAGUCCAUACACGCCACACUGGUAUGGAGACGGUAGAUCUUGACGAACUCGCAAUGGACGAGGACGAGGGAACCUGGAUCAGGCCAUGUCGAUGUGGCAGCAAACCGGCAUUUGUAAUCACUGAGGGCGAGCUGGAGAAAAACAUCGAGUAUGGCGAGCUGAUCACUGGCUGCAAAGGUUGUAGCCUGUGGUUGAAGGUACUGUUCAGCGUCGCUGACUAG